ACGGGAGCGCGCAUCACCAUUUCCUCAAAAGAAACGGAGAGAGCGACGUCUAAGCGAGUCACAGCCGAGCCAAACCGCUCCAAACCCGGGAAAACACGGGACAAACUCGGUCUGGAGGAAUCCCCGGACACCGAGCCCCGUUCGCCAUGAGGGCCCUGCUUUUGUGUCUCCUUUGGGGGACGUUUGUGUGCGUUUUCUCCGAACGCCACUCUCUCACCUACAUCUACACCGCCCUGUCCAAAAAGGUGUCAAACCCAGGCAUCCACGAGUUCACAGCCAUGGGUCUCCUGGACACAAAGAUGAUCGAUUACUUUGACUCAGACCUGCAGGAGAAGGUCCCCAAACAGACAUGGAUGAAGGAGAAGCUGGGGCAGGACUACUGGGACAAAGGAACCCAAUCCAGAAAGAGCAAGCAGCAGUGGUUCAAAGUCAACCUGGACAUCCUGAAGGAACGGAUGAACCAGACCGACGAAGAUGUCCAUGUUCUUCAGUGGAUGCAUGGCUGUGAGGCAGACCUGAUUGAUGGGAAGCUGCAGUUUCAGCGUGGGAUUGAUCAGUACAGUUACAAUGGCAACAGCUUCUUGUACUUUGACGAUGUGCAUGGCAUGUGGGUGGCAGCGGCGCAUGAGGCGGAGCCAACCAAGAGGAAGUGGGAUGAGGUGGUGGUGCUGAAGGAGUACACCAAAGGAUACCUGGAGAAGGAAUGUCUGGACUGGCUCAGCAAGUUCAUGGACUAUGGCAAAGCACAGCUCAUUCAUGCAAAACCUCCAGAUGUGUACGUAUUUGCCAGUCCUGGGCGUCAAAAGUCCAGUGUGCGUUUGAACUGCUUGGCGACAGGCUUCUACCCCCCCGACAUCGUCCUCAGGCUGAUCCGGAUCAAUGGGAUGCAGAAGAUACUCGCGGAAGAGGACGGAGUCACUUCGACGGGGAUACGGCCCAAUCAGGACGACACGUACCAACUCCGAAAAUCUAUUGAAAUCCUGAGGACCGAUGAGGCACAGUACUCCUGCCAAGUCAUGCACGCAGCCACUGGUGUGAACAUCAAGAAGGAGUGGGACCGUAACUUCCCACCCCACCCUGAUGAUGAGGAGGGAGGCUUCCCAACUGGACCAGUGAUCGGAGGGAUCAUUGGACUUUUGGUUCUGAUCGUGGGUGGGAUUGUGGGUGGUGUGAAGUACAAGAAACACCUGGACAGAACUCGCUCUGAAAACCGAUCCUCAAACCCCAUGAUUGUUUCUGCAGGACUUCCCUCUCAGCUGGAAAACGAGACACUUCUGAACUCAACUGCUAUUGGUUUGGACGGCAGGUCUGAGGACGUAAGGAAAGACUCAGACUCAGACAAGGACUCCAACGACUCUGCCAGAGGAGGUUCGGCCGGCAGUUCUGAGGACUUAAACAAAGACUCAGACUCAAACAGAAGCGGCAGCGACUCUGCCAGAGGAGGUUCGGACGGCAGUUCUGAGGACGUAAAGAAAGACUCAGCCUCAAACAGAAGCGGCAGCGGCAGCGACUCUGCCAGAGGUUUGGACGGCAGUUCUGAGGACGUAAAGAAAGAUUCAGACUCAGACAACGACUCCAACGACUCUGCCAGAGGAGGUUCGGACGGCAGUUCUGAGGACGUAAAGAAAGACUCAGCCUCAAACAGAAGCGGCAGCGGCAGCGACUCUGCCAGAGGUUUGGACGGCAGUUCUGAGGACGUAAAGAAAGAUUCAGACUCAGACAACGACUCCAACGACUCUGCCAGAGGAACUCGCUCUGAAAACCGAUCCUCAAACCCCAUGAUUCUUUCUGCAGGAACUCGCUCUGAAAACCGAUCCUCAAACCCCAUGAUUCUUUCUGCAGGAACUCGCUCUGAAAACCGAUCCUCAAACCGCAUGAUUGUUUCUGCAGGACUUCCCUCUCAGCUGGAAAAAGAGACACUUCUGAACUCAACUGCUAUUGGAGGUUCGGCCAGCAGUUCUACGGACGUAAACAAUGACUCAGCCUCAAACAGAAGCGGCAGCGACUCUGCCAGAGGUUCCAAUGGCUCCAGUUCUGAGGAUGUGACUGUGACUAUGCCUCUGAUGAACAAUUAAAUUAAAAAUCAACUUGGAUUUGGAAUUACAAGUAUCUUUUAUAAGACUUAAGAGACCAAUAAAAAUACAGCUCCAAAAAAAAUGAAUUUAAGAUUAUUUUAGCUUUGACUUAUUGACACUUUGCAGUCACAUCAUGCUGGGGCGUACAUGUAUUUCUAUGGUGUGAUGUUCAGCAGUUACCAUAGAGACACAAUGCACACAUCAGCAAACACUGCCUGAUAAGUUUUAAGAUUGUCUAAAAAAAUACAGAUAUAUAUAUAUAUAUAUAAAGAUUAGAUUCAAAUCUAACAGAGCUUCAGACAGAGCAGUGCCUACAGUUAGCAUCACACCCCCAGAGAUUGUUCAUGACGUCAGCUGCAAAGUAUCAACUCUAACCAGUCUAACCAUUUUUUCAUAUUUGACAGACAAUCGAUUUGUACAGCUUUUGAUGUUCAUUUUUUUUCUCAUUUAAUCAUGAUGUGUUUUACUGGGUUCUUUUUUCACUGUAGCUUUUUUUCUGGCUGUGAAUAUUUAUGUCUUAUUUGUUUUGAUUGAUUAAUUGACAUUAAUAUUUGUGUACAGCACAAACCAGGAGGUAUCGACCUGUAUGUCGUCUCUGUUGUGAGACUUGAUUACCACUCACGACUUGACUUGGACUUGCAGUGACUCCAAAACUAAUUUAAAGUGCAUAUGGCAAGUUUUCAGGUUUGUCUAAGUCUGAUUGGUUUGGUGGAUAGUACCUGAGCUAAGUGUGGGUCAUAGUUUUACAUCUGUUAAUGGGCAGUUUGUGGAAAAAAGUUGACAAAGUACAAAAAUACAGGAAGUAGAAGUAAAACAGAAUCCCUCUGCCUAUGUCACCAACACAGAAAACUCCAUCUGAAAUACAGAGACAAUUUACACAGAAGGAAGGCGUUUCUGACACUUUAAACCUUCAUUUAACAAAUUAAAGCUAUUUUCAUUUAUUUUCAUUAAUUUAACCAAAACUCCAUCCAUCCAUUUUCAUCCACUUAUCUGGGGCCGGGUUGCAGGGGAAGUUGACCUUAAGCAGGUGGACACUUCCUUCACCCCAGACACUUCCUCCAGCUCCUCUGGGGGGACCCAUAACUAACCAUAACAAUUAAGUGUAAUUUAGAUGAGUUUUGGGCAUUAUUUACAUUAUGGUUGCUAAGUAACAGCUAUAGAAUUACCUCUAUGUAUGUCACAUCUGCUGCUGUGUCCAACCAGAAAAUAACAUUAUAAAUUUCACAGAUUUCUUAAAAAUAGAAUAACUAGGUAAGAUUUGUGGCAAACUCUUCGAUCCACUUCUGGGGACUAUGGCUGCAGUUGCAGAUCUCAAUACAGUGCACUUUUGGUUUGAUACGAUAUAUUUCAAAUUGAUUCGAUACGGUUUAAUAAAAAAUAAAGGCUAAACCAUGGCUGUGAUACUAAAAGUCUUUGUUAAAAAGUCUUUGUGUAAAGUUCAUAUGAAACACAAACAUUUUAAUCCUCAAAACAGUGAAAAUGUCAAAUGUGUUGCAUAAAGGAGUUUACUUUCUCCAAACAAGCAACAAAACUGUAGCUGUAACAAAAUAAUUUUGUAAAAUACAAAAAAAAAAAAACUCUUGGUGAUAUAUCGAUACAGUAUCGAUAUUGUGGGCUGCUGUAUUAUCACAUUAAAUGGUACGAUAUAUUGAUAUUUUUGCACACCCACACUGUGGACUGUGUUUUAGUGAAAUGACUCAUAUGCACUUAUGUGUCAACGACUUGAGACUGGGACACAUUUAUUCUGUACUCUUGACUUUUAGCUCACUGUAUUUCCCAUGAAGGUUUGGGGUUCAAAUCAAAUCAAAGACAUUUAUGCCUCAUCACGUACACUGGUGUGUGUGUGUGGGAAUACUGUUCUAAUGGGAAAACUGUACUGUUUUAUUAUGUGAUUUUGAUUGUUUUUGAUUGUAAAAUGACAUUCUAAAAUAAAAUCAUUUUUGUUAAUUUUUAUGAAAAAAACAAAAACAAAA